CUCACAAAGAUCACAAGCUUUUUUGCAACGAGCUAAAGCCAGCCUGCUGACUACGAGAAAAUACGCUGAGGUUUUCAAACACGAGUGCCACAUCGCCUUUGCAAAAGGUGGCGACGGCACAGAGAUGAGCAGUGGUGGGAUUUGGCCAGAUCCGGAGUGUCCGUUUCCACCGCUGCCAGGCCGGAGUGCUGACAGCACCACCUCACCCUGGGGAAGCGCUGCCCCUGUGUUUGGUGCUCUUCAUCUCUGCUGCUGGUGCCAUGAGGGACAGGAGCAGUAGGACACAGAGGUGUUUCUGGACAUGUCGGUCGCAUGAACCCAGUGACCACAGCUUGGGUCUGGGAGCUGGAGAAUGAGCCUUCAGCUGAGCUCUGCCGUCGCGUGAGUCACCCGGGACCCGGCACGUAACACCUUGUCACUCCUCACCUGCCUCCCCAUGUGCAUUAACCAUGCGUACCUGCCUAUUUCGUUGGGGCACCUUUGCAAUGGAUGAUGGAGCAGACGCUGUGAUGACUGUGCAUCUCCUCGCCAAUUCAGGACACUCAUUGCUUCUGCAGCAAACUCUGGAUCGGCUUUUGGAGUGGAUUUGCCCAGACAUUCGCCUUUUCCUGGUGUCUGAGCGAGUUACUCCACUGAAAUACUAUGAGAGAUGUCGUAAGAGAAGCUGCGGCUUUCCUGGAAUAUCUGUUCUUCUUUUUCUACAUGAGGACUUGGGAGAAGAACGGAUUUUCCAGAUCCACGAGCAGUUCCAACGUCCACCCUGGCGCUACCAGUGUGCCCAGAUUGCUAAUGGGCAAAGCCACCCCUACGCCCCAGCUCCCCAGGACUUCUAUGGCCUGGAUGACCAGAUGCCUGUGUGGGGCAUCAGGCGGGUGCACUGUGGCCCUGAAAUCCUGCGUGUCACCCUCUACUGCAGCCUCGAUAACUAUGAGGAUGCAGUCAGGCUCUACGAGAUGAUCCUACAGAGAGAAGCAACUAUGCAGAAAAGUAACUUCUGUGUCUUUGUGUUGUAUGCAACCCAAAAUAUUGCUGUCCAGCUCUGUUUGAAGCAGCUGCCCGUCGGGGUGGCUGCGGAGCCGAAGGAGUCAGCAGCCUUGCAGUUCAAGGCGCAAGAAAUCGGGCAGCUGGUGCCUCUCCUGCCUAACCCGUGUAUUCCUAUCAGUAGCACCAGGUGGCAAACACAAGACUACGAAGGAAAUACAAUUCUGCUUCAGGUACAAGAGAGGUCCAAGCCCCAUGAAGCACAUGUUGGGCUUUCCCAUCAGCAUAACGCAGGCAAUGAAAAAAUCCUGCAGGACUCUGUCCCAGCCCCUCUCCCUGCAAAACAGGGUAAUCCUGGGUGGAGAAGCCAGGAGGUCAGAGCCGCAAAGGGUAAAAUAAAAUCUGACCACAGCGAAGCCCUUAUUCCUGAGCAAGCUGGCGGUGAGCUCCACAGGCACUUCUGCUCUUCUCACAGUGGUCCAGCAGCCCGGCCGUGGUGGGAAGCCACCCCGCUCCGCAGGCGGGCGAGCAGCAAGCAGCAGGCUUCUCGCCAGGAGAGCCACGUCCCUCGGCACGCGGCGGAGACCAACGUUGACACUGGGCUUGCCGUGGCCAAUGCUGUGAGUGGCCGCUGCCCACUGAACCGCUUCUCCAGGGACCUGCGGAGCAGCCUCUUCCAGCUGCGAGCACCCACGGAUGGGGCCAGCAGCACCAUGCCCACCCCAGGCAGGACCCAGCUGCUGUCUGCUGCAGCCAAAAGGAGUAAAGGAGCAGGGCAGAGCGUGGCAGCCUCUCCCUCACAACCGCCACAAGCCAGCAUUGCAAACAGGGCAGAGGAUGAGGAGGAGGAAUUCUUUAUAUGACUGAAAACAGACAUGCUAGACAAAGUCAGCGUUUCCAAAUGGCAGCAGGGUGCUUUUGUGUCUAUUGUGCCUCCUCGUGCUGUGACCGCUGAUGCUCAGCUUACCUCUGUAGCUGUCACAACAUUUCGGUAGUGGGUUCACCAAAGUAGACGCUUACCUUCCAUGGAGCAAUGCUAAGGAGGCUGCAGAUAAAGCAAGAAAAAUAACACUGAAUUUACAGAAAGCUUUAUAUUUUUUUAAUGUAGAAUAGAUUGGAGGAUUAUUGUGCAAUGAAUAGGAAUAAGCCAUAUGGCUCCUAGAGCUGUUCUAAGAUGCUAAAAAACAGCCAGUGACAUCUUCAGAUGGGGUUAGGUGGGGUUAGAUGCAGUUUGCCUAAGCUGCCCAAGCCGCUGGAUGCCCCCAGCCAUGGGGCUCAUCGUCCUUCCCUGGGACCUGUUGGAACAAGGUAGUGGCAUGGUCACGGUGGUUAUGCUGAUUUUCCAGUGUGUUCCUUCUCUUUUCCCUUGUUGGUAUUUAAAAGCUAUCAAUGUCAGUUUUAUGCAACAUGUGAAACGUAAGCAUGUUCUUUUAAAAUAUUUUUGAAGAAAAGAUUUGUAGGUGCCUUUUCCCCAAAUGAGCACAGUACAUGCAAAAACACAAUCACUAAUAGUUUGAGCUAUGUUUAUGCUGCAGUAAGACCUGUGGUUGCCUUUUCAUGUGACACUUACAAAGCCCACCAUGUUGCUGGGUUUAUUUUGUUUAGACCAGUGUGGAGUUACCAGCAAGCAAUCAUAACUGGGUUUUAAUUAACAGAAGACAAGAGAAGCUAAGAGUCUUGGAGGGAGCUGCUGAAUGCUGGAGAGUAAAAAGUGCAGGAGAAAUGAAGUAAUGUUUCAGGCACAGAUGCUGAAGUAACUCCCAUCCUGAUCAGCAGUUUUCUCAAGCAGGAUUAAGUAAAUCUCAAAGGGAAAGAGAUGGGAAGGGUAUGACAGAGGCACGACUUUAUUAAAUGAAAAGCCAAAUCUGAUCAUACUUACUUUCCAAACAGCACAACAUUUUCCCCUUAAAUACACCUGAAGUUGACUUUACACAGAAGUGUGAAUGUGUCUGGUGAGUGCCAUCUCGUUGCCUCUCCUUAGGUCACAACUCAAGCUUGACAGGUGAUGACUUCUUGUGGCCGGAGGAGAGGCAGAGGGCGAAGGGCAGCAGCAGCAAAGCCUUCCUGGGGCUGCACAAUGUUAUGGGUAUCUUCUGGUACUUGUGCCAGCUGAGCACAGCUCACACUGCACUGCUACAGCUUUGCUACCUGGGGGGGUCCAACGCCUGCCUAUGCUGCGGGUGGGCUGUGCGCUGGGGGGCUGGGGAGCCAUGCCACUGCUGGGUCUCCGCUCAGGCUUUGGGAAGGCCCCACGUUCUGGGGAAGUUUGAAGCCCAGUUGGUCUUAGGGCUGUGGGUGGGAGUAGGGCAGUCCCUGCUCUGCACCCCCACAGCUGGUGCUGCCCUGGCAGUGAUGCUCACGUACCCUCCAGUGCGGGGCCCGGGACCUGCAGAAAGCUGAACUUAUUUCACUGCACACUUACGCACCCCCACUGCUACAUUUUCACAAGCUCCAUAAAUAUUUUGGGCGUUUUAAUAAAUCAUACUGUGAUAUUUUA